GUGAUGUACUGUACUAAGGUCAAAGGUCAAGUUGGGGCCUGCUUAAACUAAUAGUGAAAAGCAGCCAGCAUACUUCAUAAAUAUGUGAUGGUUGUUGAAUGCUCCUACUUGGUUCUUAGAAGAGAGGAAACACAUGCUAGUGUUACUAUUUUAAAAAUUUGAAGUACACUCCUGACACAUCUUCAUAAACCAGCCUCAUGAAAAACAUCAUUAAGAUUUUUGGAUUCGAAGGUCUUCAUUUUGUUAUAUGUCUUAUAAUUCAUAAAGCUUUUUUUUCUCCACAUCAUCUGUGUUUUUUUGUAGUCUUGUACUGAAAUUUUAGCAAUCUGGUAUAGAUAACUUAACUAUUUUUAAAAUCUAGAGUUUUAUAAGAAAAAGAAAUUAUCUAAUGUGUGCAUUAUGUGAACUUUCUCUGCCACUGAGAUGUGGAUUAAACACUUCCUGAAGAUAUUGUGCAUGACUUUCUGUUUUCUUAUACCUCAAGUUAAAUGAUUUUUUUUAAAAAUCCCACUAAUAUUAUACAUUGGCACAUUACAAUUUGAAAAUCCAUAAAUAUUUUUGUUAGUUAAAAAAAAAAAAUCAGUUUUAUCAUACAUGUAAUGCCCUUAGGCAGAUAUGUUGCAUAUAUUAUAUCACCCAAUCAAUAACCAUGAGAAGAUAAUCACUGAUAGAGUGUACCUUUGCUACACCCCUGUGGUAACUUUAUAUGGUUCAUAUAGGUUGCACAUGUGCAGAACGGUGCAUUAAGAGCUCUUAUAGAGUGAUAUGAUAAUACUGCCCAUUUUAAUGUAGAACCCGCUAGAGCCAGGGGAUGAGUUUUCAUUGAUGAGCAACAACAUUGAAGUGGCAGGAUAUUUACCAUGUAACAAAUGUCACACUGCCUAUCAGGAAUGUAAAUCAGGAUGGAGAACAAGUCAUGAGCUCCUUAGAUUGUUUUAACCUGUUUAGUCAGAUAUUUUUGGCAUUUUUCAAACUGGCACACUUUAAUUAAGUGCUAAUGAAUUUUCUAAUGCAGCGUCAGCACUACAGUCAUGCCAUGCAGCCAUGAAAAUCAUAUUGCAACAGUUUAGCGGACACACCUGUAGAUAUUUGUAUUACAUUAACAGUGUAUUCAAGUUAGUAAUUUUGUUUUCUAUUUCCUCCACAGUUUAAGUAACAGUUUUGUGCCAAGUCAGUUCACGGUUUUUGAUCAAGCAGAUGUUUAAGAUUUAACAGUAAGCUUCUGCCUUUCAAAAGGGACCAGUGCAAAAAUGCUUGUAGUUCGUCUAACGCAACUGUUUGAUUCAGUCAAACAAACUCUCUUCAUUGUUGGCUCAGGACUCAUUGUCUUCCUUGCGCUUAGGAAUUCUAUAGUAUGGUGAGUACACUUUCCUAGUUAUGAUUCUAUAGUAUAGUGAGAACACUUUCCUGGUUAUGAUUCUAUUGUAUGGUGAGUACACUUUCCUACUUAUGAUUCUAUUGUAUGGUGUGUAAACUUUGCUAGUUUUGAUUCUAUAGUAUGGUGAGUACACUUUCCUAGUUAUGAUUCUAAAGUAUGGUGUGUAGACUUUCCUAGUUAUGAUUCUAUAGUAUGGUAAGUACACUUUCCUAGAUUUGAUUCUAUAGUAUGGUAAGUACACUUUCCUUGAUUUGAUUUGACAAAAUUAAGAGUAUACAUCUUUUUAUCUAGUGCCAUAAUUUGCCAUACGUUCACAUUUAUGAAUAGUAAUGUUGUAUAACUUUGGUCCAAUAUAGGCACAUGCAGCAGUUCUGGGGGGCAUCUGGGGAUUUCUGGCAACGUCAGUGGGAUAACGUCUACACUCUGUUUGGACAGGACGAGGCACUAGUUUCAAUAGCAGGUAUCUCACACAUCCUGUUUUUCAAAAAUAAAUUACUUACAGGAUCUUCUUAAAUAGAUGCAUCAAAAUUGUUAUCCAAAUCAUCUGCCCCCCCCCUCCCCCAAACCCCCAGCCGUGGUUAAAUAGCCUGCUUGCUGAACUAUUACAAGAAAAAGAUUGUGGUGGGGUCGAGGUGGGGUUGUAUUCUUCAAACUUACCAAAACUCGAGCCCUCAAUCAAAAGGCAAAAGCCAAACUGAUGCGGGAUUUAAAAAUGUGUCUGUUGUCUGCACAUAAAAAAUAUCUUAUGUUACUGUGGGGGGCAGAAAAAACACCAGGACGGUUAAAAGAUAAACUCUGACUGUCAGUCUGUAUUAACUGGAUGUAAUCAUUUUAAAGUAGCAUUUAGUAAGCUAGUUAUUUUGAGGACCCUAUGUACCACUGAAAAUUCAUUUAAAUGUUUAGUCUAGAAGAAUGUUAAAAUUGCUAGAUUCAGAACCAAAUGACUUCAAUCAAAACAUCUUUAUUUUGUUAACAUGCUGCAAUAACAAAAGAAUACCUUUUUUUUAUUUUACAGGCUCGUUUAUCUUCACCACUGCCGUCUUCUGGCUGGCCAAUUUAUUUCUCUUGGUUUUAGACGUUACAGGCUGGCCCACGGUUUUAUUGAAAUAUAAGAUUCAAGAUAGUAAGAACUGUCCUGUAAGUCAAUACAUAAGACCUGUCCCGUAAGUCAAUACAUAAGACCUGUCCCGUAAGUCAAUACAUAAGACCUAUCCCGUAAGUCAAUACAUAAGAACUGUCCCGUAAGUCAAUACAUAAGACCUGUCCCGUAAGUCAAUACAUAAUUACUGUCCCGUAAGUCAAUACAUAAGAACUGUCCUGUAAGUCAAUACAUAAAACCUGUCCCGUAAGUCAAUACAUAAGAACUGUCCCGUAAGUCAAUACAUAGACCUGUCCCGUAAGUCAAUACAUAGAACUGUCCCAUAAGUCAAUACAUGGAAUAUGCAAUGCUAAUUCCAAUGACAGUCUCACUAAGCAAUAUUGCAGACCAGCAGUCACUGAACUUUUUUCACAGCGGGCCGGAUAAUGGACAAAAUGACAAGUGCGGGCCGUAUAAUCAUUCUGUACAAUACUUGCAAGCGAGAACAAAAGUUCUGGGGGAAAAUGCGAAAAACUAAGUUUAGUAUUCCAGGUUAAUCCAGGUAAAUGGCGUGCAAUGUACAAAAAACAAAGACAAGCAACAUAUUUAUUUACCAAAAAAUGUCAUCAAAGAAGACGAUAUUAGCAAAAAGAUAGUUUGCAUCAGGACUGGAGCGCAUAUAUCGGAAUUUCACAAAAUAACCUACAAAAAAAAAAAAAAGAAGUUUACUGGGAUUUGUGAAACUGACGUUUGGCUUUCAAGACAUCAUCAAUGUUUGGUUUGGAAUUGCUGCAUCCAAUCAAAUAAUUGCUUUCUAAUGUCUAUCAGUCAUUCUCGUUUGGUGUGUUGACUUUAUUAAUUCUUAUUUUGUUUAAUGCUAUUCUGACUUAGAGUUUGAACCACGUUAAAGUUUACCAUUUAUUCUCACUGUACCGGUGAUAGACUGUGAUAAUAUGAUCUGUACGUCCACUCAAUAUAAAUUAAUAUCUUUAGCAAUUACAUGUCUACAAAACAAAGUGACCACAGAUUGUAAUAUAAACGUCCGUCGUCUACUUUUAGAAGCUAAAUUUUUUUUACGCCAGCUUAACUCAAUCCUAAUUGGCACUGCGAUGCGAGUAGUUAUUGUAUUCUUUUUACAUACUGUAUAUUUAUUUAUUUACUAUUAAUAUACCAUAUCGUAAGAUUUUGAGAUGAUAUUUUACGAUCUUAGGCGUUCGAGGGUAAACAGUUCUGUAAUAAACAAGAAAAUCUAGAUAGAAGAAAUUAAAAUUGAAAAUGGUUAUUUAAGGCUCAUAGCAGCCAGAAGGUCUCAGCAUGUGUGAAGAUCUCCUUGUAUUUUUUUACAUAAUAUUUAAAAUUGUGUCACAACGUCUCAUGGUCCAUACUUUUUAACAAGCAAAUUCAAGUACCAUCGGCGGGCGGGAUCCCUGUCACAGACAGACAUACUACAAGACUUAAAAUGUAAAAUAUUUUUUAAAAUUUAUUGACUUUUAAUAGUGUUUAACUCAUCCUCUCAAAACUGGCAGGGACGCCUUAUUGGAAGACCCAAGGGUUAAAAGUACUUAAGUCACAUUGUUGUAAAAAUCAAUCUAAACUAUGACCUUUUCUUAUCCUGUUUAGCAAAGUAUACUGCAGAAAUUGGAUCACAUUAAAAUGUGCCUCAGUCCCUCAUUUAGCCAAGACAAAAUAUGAAAAUGAUCACCUUUUAUCGAUGAAAAGGAUAUUUUAUCUUGCUUAUCUCAAAUGUGUAUUUUGUGAUUUAAGUAUAUUUUUUCUCUCGAGCUGAUGACUUUACCAUUUUCAUGGUGAAUGCCCCAGAUACAACAAAGUCAAUUUCAUAUGCUCUUAAACUUCAUUUUAAUAAAAUAUUUGAUUAUUUGUGCUGCAGUUAACACCUGAACCAUCAAAUGUGUAAAACAUUUUACAGAAAGAUAGAGAGCAAAACUUGAUGUAUCAUCCAUUUGUUAUCUUCAAACAGCUGAGGUUGUCAGACUUAAAGAAAGCGGUCAGUGUUGCCGUGUUCAACCAAACUGUGGUUGGGCUGCCGGCUGCUUUUGCCAUCUACUACAUGAUGAAGUGGCGCGGCUGCUCGUGUUCUCCCAAUGACCUCCCGACCUUUCACUGGGCUGUGUUUGAGUUGACCGUUUUCACACUCAUUGAAGAGAUUUGCUUCUACUACUCACACAGGUGAAUAACUCCAACAAAAUAAAUCUGACGUGUAGAGCUCAGUUGAAAAUCAUAAGGGGUCUUCACAAAGGAUUAGCUUGUGUAUUCUUCACCCCUCUCUCUCCCCCUAUUACACUUGUUAUUGGUUUAUUUUAUGAAUAAGAGGAAAUACUGUUUUUGAUGUUUGUUUGAGCAGUUCAAAUCUCUUUCGCAACUUUAUAGAAGCUACUAAGGGAAUUAAUGAAAGGGAAAAAAUAAUUUAAGUUUGUUUUUACUGGCUUACAAAAUGGGAAAAAAAAUGAUCUGACAUGUUAUUUUUCCCUUAAUAAUAUCAAAUGAUACUGAUAUGAAUUAACAGAUCCAGUUAGAGCUGGACACGUAACUAGCUGUGCGUCAUUUCAGAAUAUAUAUAUAUAUAUAUAUAUAUAUAUAUAUAUAUACAUUUUUAAUGCUGUUUUCCCUGCAUCAAGCCCCCUGUCAUUUUUAAUACCCUGUGUAUCGCUAUUAAACAGUAUGAAUCUCUCUACAGGUUACUUCACCACCCAAGACUGUACAGAUUCAUCCACAAGAGACACCAUGAGUGGACAGCUCCCAUCAGUAUCGUCUCCAUCUACGCCCACCCACUGGAACACAUCGUCAGCAACAUGCUGCCGUCCGCUCUGGGGCCCAUCCUGAUGGGAUCGCAUCUGGCAACCGCCUGGAUGUUUUGGGCCCUGGUCCUGUUAUCUACCACCGUGGCCCACUGUGGAUAUCAUCUUCCUUUUCUUCCCUCCCCAGAGGCCCACGACUACCAUCAUCUCAAGUGAGUGCAUUUAAAGGUUGUGAUCAGAGCUUUAUUAAGCCAUCACAUUUCGCAUUACUAUUUACACUAUGAAAAGUAAAUGGCCCUAUGAAGAAAAGUUGAGAAGUCUCUAUGAAAUAGUUAGUGUACGAUCAAUAACCAAAUUUACAAUACAAUGCUGGAGUUUGGUUUGAUCAAUUUUAAUAAAAAAUAAUCUCUUCCCUUCUGAUAAUCUGUGUCAAAAGCUUGUUUGUUUUCAAACAUCAUUAUUAAAAUAAAAAAAUUUCUCACAUCUAAAAGUAAACAUUAUUUUAAAAAACCAGUAAUUUAGUUUGAAAAUGGGUUUGUCAGAGGAGUUCCUCACCCUUAAGGAUAAAACUUGAAAAACUGUCGCUCAGCUCAUAUUUUUAUUUAGUGAAUUAGAAAAAGAAUGAUAGAUUGGUCCCUUUGGACCUAAUGAAUAUCCUGGUAAUAUUAUCAACAUACCAGAUAGCCGCUUCAUUUGUAAAAAAAAUAUUUGAAUUAUUCAGGUUCAACCAAAACUUUGGAGUGCUUGGUGUCCUUGACCGUCUCCACGGCACAGAUGCCCAGUUUCGUGCUUCGCUUGCAUAUCAGCGCCACUUCCUGCUUCUGUCCACUGUCCCGGUGUCACAACAAGUGCCGGAGCCAUCAAAGAAAAAGUCAGAAUAACAUUUUUGAGGAUAGCUCAUCGCCCUUGAGAUGCUACCAUUCAAAAACAAAAAUCUCGUCAAAUUCUAUUGCUGGUCAACUGUAUUUAAUUACAAGUUCAGGAAGAACAAGUUUAAAUGAUGACAAUGUUCUAUAAUUUUUUUUAAAAACUCAGAAACAUUCAGCUGUAAAUGUCUACUGAAUGUCAUGCAUUAUUUUAUUAUGCUUUUUGCUUUCAAGAAUUAUUAUGUGAUAAAUAAUGUAUGUUGUAAAGAGACUAAAGCUGCUAAAGUGGUUUAAGUUGAAUUUUUUAAAGUUUUUCUAAAACCCUGAAAUGGAUUAUGUGGGCUAAGUAUGAUGUUGUAAAUUUUGAAUUUUAUUUAAACAAAUUUUGCUAACAAACAAUUUUUCAUCCUAUCCACCUAAUUCUAGUUUUAAAUUUUGAUGGAUAACUAAAAUCUGAGCUUGACAUUAUUUUGAUUUAUUAAUCGACCAUUCAUCUGUGAUCCUUGAUACAGUAUCUGAAGACUUAUUAUGUGCGGAGCAUUGAACUGGAGCAGUGUUUCUCAACCUUUCUAGUGCCGCGACCCCUUAAUACAGUUUCUCGUGCCAUGGCGACCCCCCAGCCACACAAUUAUUUUCGUUGCUACUUCAUAGCUGUAAGGAUAUAUGUUUUCAGAUGGUCUUAGGUGGCCCCUGGAAAAGGGUCUCGCUGAACUGGAGGAAUAUGUUCCUUUUUUUUCCACUUCUUUUCGGAAUUUAAAAAAAAUCGAUUGAGAAUCACUGCAUUGAAGCAGGUUGUGUUGACAUAUCCCCAAGUAUCUCAUCUCAGGUAAAACCCUGAUGAACAUUUAUUCAUUUAAAAAAACAACAGAAGAAAACUAACAAAAAACAAAAAAAGCCAGAAAACUAAAAAAAAAAGAAAAGAGGAGGAUAGAUUUAUUUUCUUUAUUUAAAACAAGUUUGGACAUUCUUUCCAUUUGUUAUAAUUGUUUAAUGUUUGAAGGAAAAUUAAAUUUAGAUUAAAACAGAUCGUUGCAUUAUAUUUAUGGGAGGGGUUGUACACAGCAGGCUGAGAAUAAAGCUCAAAGUUAUCCCCUGCUGACUGUGUAUAAGGCUUAGCGUUAUUUCCAGCCGAUAUAUAGUUUACUACCACUAGCAAUUUGAAAAAAAAAGGGUAGAAAAAUUAUGGGCUGUAUUGAAUCUAUAUAAUUUUUUGUAAUUUUAAAAGAGUUCAUUAUGAUAGCAUCAUCAUUAUUCUACCCAGUCAACUGGGAAUGACGGUCAACGUUAUUCCCAGCCGACUGUGAAUAACUCCAUUGAUUUAAUGGGUUGAAAAAUUUAAAAUAAAGAAUUAAUGGGACAACAAUUAAAAACUUAAUGGCAUAUCAAAUUUUAAAUGGAUGAUUAAAUGAGCUCUUCUUUUAUAAAAUUGUUUCAAUUUGUGUGGUGGUUGGUUAAAGAAUAGCGCUAUGAACAAAAAAUCAUCUCCUGGUUGAAAUGUGUUUAAAUAUUGGAUACAAAGUAGCCUAACCAAUAUAGUUUGUAAAAUUUAUUUUAUUUGAGUUGAAGAAAUCAAAUAAUAGUCAAUCAAUAUUACAAAUUAUUUUAUCAUUACUAAAAAAUAGUUUAGAAAUGGCUGGGUACCUAUGUUAUUGUUUCAUAAAUAAUAAAAGUCUUUCUUUCAUAACAUCAAAAUUUACCUGCAAAUGGUCUCACAAAUAAUUUUGUAAAAUAAAACUGCACAUUUGUUCUUCUGGGCACUUGGUCUGUUAUCUGAUGUGUCACAAUGUCCUGGAAAGUUUCUCAUAGAACUUCAAAUCUCUCAUCUUAAAUUGUUUUACAAUGCUUGAAAGGAGAGUUCUUUUUCUUGCUUUUUAUGUCACUCUCAGGGUAAAAGAUACUGCAAAUCCAUUGUUAUAAAAUAUUAUUGAUUCAAAUUCUUUUCUUUACCUACCAAUUUUUGUUCAGUUUUGUAAAAUUUCAAAAAUUAAAAGCAUAUUUUGUAUUUAUCUUUAGUUGUAUGAACAUUGAUUAUUCACCUCUUUAUUGAUCAAAACAUUGCUUCUUAUAAUAUUUAAAGUGAGUUAGUAAAACAAAUGUGAUUUUGAAAAAUUAUACAACUAAUAUCUUUCAGUUUUUAAAAAUAUUGAUUCAAUCUUCUGAUUAGCUUUCAGCCUGUGAAGAUGAUUCAUUGAAAUGAAGCGACUUUGAAUGUUGACACUGAAUUUUGCUUUGGAAGCAUUUUUAAAAAAAUUAUUACUUUUUUUAAAAACAUGCUCUUAAUUACUCAUAUAUUUUUUUACAGUCAAUUAUCAGUUUGUUCAUAUCAAUCUCCUCUUGUUUCAGAGCUCUCUUAAAAAAAAAAAAAAUGGUUUUCUGUUUCUUUGUAUAAAAUAAUGAACCUAAUAUAUAUGUUGUUUGUAAGUAAAUCAAAGCCAAAACAAUGCACUUUUAAUAUCUCUCUGCAUAUUUUUUUUCAUUAAUCUGACUCAUUUUUAAAAUAAGUUUAUAUGCUGAUACCAUUGUCUAUAUUGAAUUUUAAAAGACAAUUUAAUUUAAGCGAAUCCCACAAACAAAUCUCUCAAAUUGAUAAAAUAAGCAAUUUCAUCUUUUGUAUAAUUUUUUUUACUAACAUUGAUUAAUCUUGUGUUAAGUUGAGGUGAUUGAUAGUCAUAGGUGAUGGUAAUUAAACUAACAUUGGUUGCAGUCAAAUUUGAAUAGUUAACUCAUUAUUUUAACAAUACUAUUUACAAAUUAAAAUCAAAACUGUUACUGAAUAAAAGGAAUUAUUUUAAACAUUUGUCCAUUGAAAAUAUUUUAUUAGCAAUUUAUUAAAAACUCUAUGAACCUCAGCUACUUUAAGAUACAGAACAAUUAUUCUAGAAAAUAAUGAAGUCAUGUGAAUAUAAGUAAUGAGCAGAGUUCUAAUAUGAUAACAAUGAUACCAACUGGGGGCUGGAUGGGCCGAAUGGUCUAACCUGAGCAAUUCUCAAGUUGGUUGGUCUGGAGCUCAAGCAAAAACAUCACCAGCACCCUGGGUGGGGAAAUUAAGCUUUUAUGCAAUGCUAUCAAAUUUGAAAUCUGGCUUAAUAUAAGAAAGAAGAUAUUUGUUUCUGGAAUGCAACAUUUUAAUUUUAUGGAAUCCUCUUGUUUGGGUUGUGGUGUUGAAUGAUGUGCUUGAUAAAACAUUUAAAAAAAAUUAAAAUAUUAAAAUUGAUAACACUAAGUAAAUAACAUCUGACGUACUGUUAUGAAUUUGCGGAAUAUUUUUUUAAGCUAUUCCAAAUACUUUUUUCAAUAAUCGGCUGUAAUUAAUUGUCAAGUAAAAACACCCUUUUUAAAUUGCGAGAUUGCAAGCUUUUAUAAAUUUCUGUCAAAAGAAGUUAACAGCUGACUUUUUGGAAAGUUGCCAGAUCCGGAGCGACACAUCUUGAAAGAUGACGGGCAAAUUAUGUUGUUUCUAAAAAGCCAACAGACCCAUCACUAGUGUUUCCCACUGCUCCCUCUAAAUUUUCACCUCUUAGUUUUUACAUGACAGGAGGCCACUUUUAGUUUGUCUGUGUUUACUGGUUUAAAUAUUUGUUAUGCAAGUUGUAUCAUUAUAAAAAUUAUCUGAUGGUCAGUUUGGUAAAUAAAAUUUAAAAAAAAAUAAUAAUAAUUAGUCCUUCUGAUUAAAACCAAAAGCUGCAAACCAGUUUUUUGUAUUAACUAUAGUGUUUUUAGAACAGAUUAACUGUAGUGUUUUUAGAACAGAUUAACUGUAGUGUUUUUAGAACAGAUUAACUGUAGUGUUUUUAGAACAGAUUAACUGUAGUGUUUUUAGAACAGAUUAACUGUAGUGUUUUUAGAACAGAUUAACUAUAGUGUUUUUAGAACAGAUUAACUGUAGUGUUUUUAGAACAGAUUAACUGUAAUGUUUAGAUUAACUGUAGUGUUUUUAGAACAGAUUAACUGCAGUGUUUUUAAAACAGAUUAACUUCAAGUGUUUUUAGAACAGAUUAACUGUAGUGUUUUUAGAACAGAUUAACUACAAGUGUUUUUAGAACAGAUUAACUACAAGUGUUUUUAGAACGGAUAAACUAUGGUGUUUUUAGAACAAGUAAUUUUAGAACAGAUUAGCUACAAAUGUUUUUAGAACAGAUAAACUACAAGUGUCUUUAGGACAGAUUAACUAUAGUUGCUAGAACAGAUUUUCUAAUAUAGAAUCAGAGAAAUAUCCACAGAGAUGACCAAAAACCAUGACACAAGACAAGGCGGGGUUCAGUGUCUGUGGUAGGCACACCAUUUAUUCAUUGUACAUACAAAUGAAUGGAAAUAGGCCAAUGCUAAAAAUGACAACAUUCUUUGAACAAUAUUUUUUGUCUUUAAAUAAUGUGGUUACAUGAACAACAGGACAAUGCUAGUCGUUGACAACAGAGUUGGGUCUCAUCAUUCAUUGCUCAUAUAAUCAAUCAAUGGGAAUAUUUGAUUUCAUCUCUCCUUUCCAUGUUAAGUCAGACUUUGGAGUUUAUUUCAAGUUUUGGAAACGAGUAAUCAAACAAUCAUUUAUACAAGAUGCUUCAGUUACUUUAAAAAGUUAAUUUGAUUGAAGUUUAUAAAAUUAUUUUGUUAUUAACAUAAUGAGAAACAUUGCCGUGAAAAUAAAUAAAAUUUAAAAGUAAUUUACGUUAUUCAAAUAUGUGUAGUUAUUUAUUCGUAGCUGCAAAGGGAGAAUGUUUUUAACUUCAAUGCCUUUUGGAAAAAUCACUUCAGCACUGGAUAGAACAUUCCAUUCAUGUUCUUUGUAAAAAUCACAUCUAUCAAAUUGAUACUUAUUUUCCAGCCAAAAAAUAAAGAACAUUUAUUAUUUACAUCACAGUGUGUUACAAAUAUAAAGUGGCUUCUUGGCUGAUUAUAUACAUGUUACUUACAGGACAGUAUUAUUUUUAAAUAAAUGAGAGGUGGAGUGGCGUGAAUCACAUUGAAAUACAAAAAUGCUGACAUGGCAGCUUUGGAAGGAUUUCAAAACAUGCCUGUGAGUUACUGUCCUUCAAAGGACUAACAGAUUUAUUAUCUUAACUAUUUCACUUAGGCAAAUAUAACUAGACUUUAUUUUGUUUUUUAAAACACCAGAUCUAAAGCAUUCAGCAAGUUUUUCAAUUUUUCAAAUGUCUUGAAAAAUGAGGAAUAAUUAUUAUGUCUUCUUAUAUUUUAAGAUCAAUUUUGAAGGAUAUCAUUGGUGGAUCCUAAACUGUUGUAAACUAAAAAUAUUAUUGAUGGACACAUUUUUCAGUACAAAUUCCAAACAUUCCAUAGACUUGACUCACUGUUCUCUUACUUAAUCUCAUUUCACAUUGAAAUUAAAACUAAUUACACAGUAACUUUACUUUAUGAUUCUUUCCAACAAUUAUACUAAAUAUUACAUAGGAUGUGUUUCAUCUCAUCUAAAGGUAAUGCCUGUAGUAAAAAGUAAACAUUUUAUUUGUUUAAUCUAAAGUGUAAGCAAGCUUCCAGCUCACAACUUGAAGCUUCAGGAUAAAGGCAACAAAUUUCAAAUAUGACGAUUUUAUAAGUAUUAAUGAUGCUUUUAGGAAGAGAACAAUAAUAGCUUUACUAAAUCAGAGUAAAAUUAAAAUACUCACAAAAUUAGAAAUUUGCAACACAAUCCAAGGGUCAAAUUGAUCUAGGCCUAAGAGUCACAUUUAAUCUAGCACCCUAGGAGUCACAUUUAAUCUGACAUCCUAGGAGUUACAUAUAAUCUAGCACCAUAGGAGUCACAUAUAAUCUAGCACCCUAGGAGUCAAAUAUAAUCUAGCACCCUAGGAGUCAAAUAUAAUCUAGCACCCUAGGAGUCAUAAAAAAAAAUCACUGAGAGUGUAAAGCAAUUUUAAUUUUGAAACUAUGCAAAUAAAUGGUAAUUUAAAAAAAAAUCCAUUUACUAUAACAACGGGGAAAAAAAACUAUAUUCAAUACACAUUAUUUUUUAAGAUACUUUAAUAUGCAACAAUGCAAGAAAUAUAAACUACUGCACUCACUAACCAGCAAUACCAUGUUAUUUGUUAUUCCAGUAAAGCUAUAUCAGUAAGUUAUUUGUUUAUUAGCUUUCACACAGUACUUUUAAUUUGGGAUAC